ACGGAGUUUGGGCUAAGGUCUACAUUUACCAUGGGCUCAAAAGCCCGCCUUUUUCUUUGCCCUCAAAGCCCGGAUAUGGUUUGGACUUAACGGUUUCCAAUUCCCUCGCCUUCGAAAACCCUUCGAUCUGGUCUCCUCCCUCUCUGGCGGUUGUUCUCCAUUGUUUUAGUUUACUUCUUAUUCUUCGUCGACUCCAUCAACAACAAGAAGAAGACGAGACCUCUUAGAGUGAGGAAGGAGCGGUCACGAUUCCAAGUACUUCUCGACGACGAAGAAGGGAGAAAUCCCUGAACUCAAGGAAGAGAUUAAUUCUCAGUACAAGAUAAAAGAAAAGAUGCUGUAAAGAAGGUUGUUGCUGCAAUGACAGUUGGGAGGGAUGUGUCAUCGCUGUUCACAGACGUGGUGAAUUGCAUGCAAACAGAGAAUUUGGAGCUGAAAAAGCUUGUUUAUUUGUAUCUUAUAAAUUAUGCUAACAGCCUGCCUGACCUUGCAAUUCUUGCAUUAAAUACAUUUUUGAAGGAUUCACAGGAUCCAAAUCCUCUCAUUCGUGCUUGGCUGUUUGGACUAUGGGAUGCAUCCGUGUUGAUAAUAUCACAGAAUAUCUCUGUGAUCUCCUUCAGAGGUGCCCCAAGAGUUGGUCGACGAUGGGGUUUUUUUUUGGAAUCUCUCAAGGAUUUGAUAUCCGACAACAAUCCAAUGGUUGUAGCUAAUGCAGUGGCAGCUCUUGCUGAGAUCCAACAGAAUGGUAGUAGACCAAUAUUUGAAAUCACUAGUCACACGCUCUCAAAGCUCCUUACUGCCCUUAAUGAAUGUACAGAGUGGCGUCAAGUUUUUGUACUUGAUUCUCUCUCCAGAUAUAAGGCGGCUGAGGCCCGUGAAGCUGAGAAUAGUGAAGAGAAAAAUACAAGGAGGGUCGUGUUGAAUGGUGCUGAUCAGAUCAUCGGUGUGCCAGAGAUUUCGAUAGUUCUGGCAGAGCUGCAUCUUGUUCAAGUAUUUUUGCGACGCCAUGGCUCAAAAGAUCUUCAAAACAAAAUCAAACACCCUUUUCACAAACAGUAGCGGAGAAAUAAGAGAGAUGGAUGGUAGUGAAGGAGUUACGACGGUAUUAGGAAGUUGAACGAGCCAAUGGGCAAUGGGGAAGCUUGCGUUUUUGGGUUAUUAUUAAAAAGAAUAAGUCAUCUAAGAAAAACUUUUUAAAGCCAAACAAGAAAAAGAAUUUGAUUAUAUUUGAUUUAAUUAUCGGUUGGAAAAUGCUAUACGCUGCCGUGUUUCUUCAUUGAAAGUCUUGUUCAUUUAUUCUACGACCAAAGGCUUACUCAAAAGUUUUCUUGCCUUUUACUUCCUUUGAAAAGGUAAUAGAAGUAAA